UGUUGGGUAACAUUAUUUCAGUACACCCAUCGAUAAAUACAAUAGCUGGUUAUCUGGCGUUGCCGCAGUUUGACAGUCAGACUAAACGGUCUAUAUUGGUUAUGGCACAAGACUAGAACAGUUGACGUUAUUAUUAACGUUACCAGCUAGCUAUGUUGUUGUAAAUGGCAUCCCUGAAGAUGUAAGUCAACGCUAGCUAGUAAAGUCGCAGAUGUAAGACAGCAAGUUACCAUGAGUGGGUUAAAAAUAAGGACGAAUACACCAAGCGAUGGUGACCUCCCUGAACGAGGAGAACGACAGUGUCACCGUCGAGUGGAUAGAGAACGGAGACACCAAAGGGAAAGAGAUUGACCUGGAGAGCAUCUUCAGUCUCAACCCAGAUGUGGCCCCAGAGGAGGAAGUCAUCCUGAGCCCAGUGACCCCUCCACCCCCCACGACCCCCACACCCAGUGCCACUAAAGUCAACAAGAUACCAAAGAACCGGCGAACCAUUGCACCUACAAGAAAUGAAGUUCCGUCCAGAGACAACAGAGUUGCCUCCACCCGGGCCAGACCUGCCCAGCAGCAGUACCAGCAGCCGCCCGAGCCGGCCCCGCCUCCCCCAGCCUCGCAGCCAGCCCAACCCACCCAGAACCAGACCGCCCAGCAGCUUGCGAACGCGAGGAGGAAGUCGAACUGCGUUAAGGAAGUGGAGAAGCUGCAGGAGAAGAGGGAGACACGGCGGCUGCAGCAGCAGAAGCUGAGAGAGAAGCGAGCACAGGAGGUUGACACUACUGUUCCAAACUUUGAGAUUCUGCAGAUGAUCACAGAGUUCCGAUCCAGCCUGGACUACAGGCCCUUAACCACUGCUGAUCUGGUGAGUACAGAUCUGAUUGAAGAGCAUAAAAUAUGCGUAUGUGUAAGGAAACGCCCUCUGAACAAAAAAGAGCUCACCGUGAGGGACCUCGAUGUGCUCACCAUUCCCAGCAAAGAUGUUGUCAUGGUCCACGAACCCAAGCAGAAAGUGGAUUUGACUCGAUACCUGGAGAACCAAACGUUUCGUUUUGACUUUGCCUUUGAUGAAAGUUCAACAAAUGAAAUGGUUUAUAGGUUUACAGCCAGACCUCUAGUGGAGACCAUAUUUGAACGGGGCAUGGCAACUUGUUUUGCGUAUGGACAGACGGGAAGUGGGAAAACACAUACCAUGGGAGGAGACUUUUCUGGAAAGAACCAGGAUUGCGCAAAGGGAGUCUACGCAUUAGCAGCACGCGACGUAUUUCUAAUGCUGAAGAAACCCAACUACAAGAAGCUGGAUCUUCAAGUAUACGCAACCUUCUUCGAAAUCUAUAGUGGAAAGGUGUUUGACCUGUUGAACCAUAAGGCGAAGCUCCGCGUGCUGGAGGACGGCAAGCAGCAGGUGCAGGUGGUGGGGCUGCAGGAGCGCGAUGUGCGCUGCACAGAGGAUGUCCUCAAGCUCAUCGAGGUCGGGAACAGCUGCAGGACAUCGGGCCAGACAUCUGCCAAUGCUCACUCGUCCCGCAGUCAUGCGGUCUUCCAGAUCAUUUUGCGCCGGAAAGGCAAGAUGCACGGCAAGUUCUCCCUCAUCGACCUGGCGGGCAAUGAGCGUGGUGCGGACACCUCGAGCGCCGACCGCCAGACACGCUUAGAGGGAGCUGAGAUCAACAAGAGCCUGCUUGCACUGAAGGAAUGUAUAAGGGCCCUGGGACGUAACAAACCGCACACGCCUUUCAGAGCCAGCAAACUCACCCAGGUGCUCCGAGACUCUUUCAUCGGAGAGAACUCCCGGACAUGCAUGAUUGCAACCAUCUCUCCUGGUAUGGCCUCCUGUGAAAACACCCUGAAUACACUACGCUAUGCCAACAGAGUCAAGGAGUUUGGGAUUUGUCCCUCAGACAUCCCCUUCUCCCAGGGCGGAGGAAAUCGCUCUGAGCUCUCUCCCACCCAUGAGGUGAAGGAGCUGACGGUGGACCCCAGCGCAGUGGUGGAGAGUAGCAGCCGGCCCAACAUCCACGCCAUCAGCCAGCUGGACCUGAUGGACGAGGAGUGGGACAUCAGCAACUCCCCACAGAGGGACGACCUCAAGCUGCUGUGUGAGCGCAAUGAGGAGGAAGUCUCCCCUCAGCUGUUCACCUUCCAUGAGGCCGUGUCACAGCUGGUGGAGAUGGAGGAGCAGGUGCUGGAGGACCAUAGGGCUGUCUUCCAGGAGUCGAUCCGGUGGCUUGAAGAGGAGAAGGUUCUCAUGGACAUGACCGAGGAGGUGGAUUAUGAUGUGGAUGCCUACUCCUCCCAGCUGGAGCUGAUUCUGGACCAGCGGAUUGAUAUCUUAGUUGAACUUAGAGAUAAAGUGAGGUCAUUCCGCUCAGCACUCCAAGAAGAAGAACAAGCCAGUAAGCAGAUCAAUCCCAAGAGACCGCGUGCUCUGUAGUCAGUGGGGAAGCUGUGGGUGUGUGUGCAUUUUACUGCCAUGCACCGGAGUGCGUCACUAGAUCAUUAAGGCAGAACAUGCAGCGCUCAGUUUGUGAUGAGGAACCGGAUCCUUUCAGCGUCUUCGUAGUUUCUUCUUUAUUUUACCAAUAGGCAGUCAGUGUUCAUUUUCUACAUUCAUGUGACCUUUCUGAGGACUUGGUUGGGGAAGCGAAAUGGACACGAUUUACCAUGCAAUGUGAAAGACUGGGAAGUGCAGGUUUAUGAUGGUCGUCGAAAUUUUAAUAUUCUAGUUUUUUAAUUUUAUUUAUUUCUUUUAAAAUGUUCUUUUCACUUUUUCUUUGUAUGGGUGUUUACCUCCCCCUUUGUUCAUUUAGUUGUUUUAAGUUUCACCUCCCUGAGAAUACUGAAGUUGUUCUGAAGAUCAGAUUUUUUAGCAGGCUUUCAUCAUUGAUUACCUUGUUCUACAGGCAUCCGACUGUUUGCUUUCACUGUUUCUUUUGAGCUCCUGUGUUCUCUCACUACAGUAUGUUUUUUUCGUUGUACGUCCGGUGGGCAGGUUAGUAAUGCUGCUUUCUGUUGAAGAGAACGAGUUGCUAUUAAGAUGCACUUUUUCCUUGUUUUCCUGGUUAGUUUCCUUGUUCCUCCCCAUCUCGGUGUCUGUAGUGUUUGGGUUUUGUGCCAUAUCAAACCAUGAGGUGGCUAACAAGUUCUCUCACCAAAUUACUACUUCCUUACAUGUAGUACUGAUCAUGAACUGCACACCACUAACCACUUUGUAAAAAAAAAAAAAUACAAAACAUGAGUAAAAUUAGGACAGAACUAUUAAUGACAUUUUCAGCAUUUACACCGAAUGUUUUGGUGGCUAAAUAAAGACUGAUUUGACAU